AGCCCCGAGGGUGGCACCAGGAGCUCUGGGGGUGGCACCAGGAGCCCCGGGGUGGCACCAGGACCCGGGAGAAGGGCGGUCACCCAGCUCAGUGGCGGCUGCCAUCGCCAGGCGUCGGAACUACAUUACCCAUCACCCCCCUCGAGCCACCAGCUGACAGACAGCUCGUUUGACCAAUCACCAUCGACAUUUCCGCCUGUGGGCGGGAGCAGCGGUGCGAGCCAGCCAAUGGGCGCGCGGGGCGGGCCGCGGCGCGGCGGGGGAAGAUGGCGGCGGCGGGCCGGUGGCGGGCCGGGCUGGCCGUGCUGGCCGUGGUGCUGGGGCUCGGCGGGGCGGCGGCCGAGCAGACCGAGGAGCACCUCAAACGGGAGCACUCGCUGUCCAAACCGUACCAGGGUGUGGGCUCGGCCAGCUCGGGGCUGUGGGACCUGCUGGGCAACGCCAUGGUCAUGACGCAGUUCAUCCGCCUCACCCCCGACGUGCAGAGCAAGCAGGGAGCCGUGUGGAACCGGGUGCCCUGUUACCUGCGGGACUGGGAGAUGCAGGUGCACUUCAAGAUCCACGGGCAAGGCAAGAAGAACCUCAACGGAGACGGUUUCGCCAUCUGGUACACCAAGGACAGGAUGCAGCCGGGACCUGUUUUUGGGAGCAAGGACAACUUCCUGGGGCUGGGAGUGUUCGUGGACACGUAUCCCAACGAGGAGAAGCAGCAGGAGGCUCAGAAGAGGAGGUACAGCCCUGGAAACCAGCGCGUGUUCCCCUACAUCUCGGCCAUGGUGAACAACGGCUCGCUGACCUACGACCACGACCGCGACGGGCGCCCCACCGAGCUGGGCGGCUGCACCGCCAUGGUGCGCAACCUCAACCACGACACCUUCCUGGUCAUCCGCUACGUCAAGAGGAGGCUCACGGUGCUGAUCGACAUCGACGGCAAGCACGAGUGGCGGGAUUGCAUCGACGUGCCCGGCGUGCGGUUGCCCCGUGGCUACUACUUCGGGACGUCCUCGGUCACCGGGGACCUGUCAGACAACCACGACAUCAUCUCGCUGAAGCUGUACCAGCUGACGGUGGAGCGGACGCCGGAGGAGGAAAAACGGGAUCGGGAAGUUUUCCUGCCCGUGGUGGACAACCUCAGGCUGCCAGGAAUGGAGGCGCCGCUGGAGCCCAUGAGCGGCCUGGCCCUGUUCCUCAUCGUCUUCUUCUCGCUGGUGGCCCUCGUCUUCGCCAUCGUCAUUGGCAUCAUCCUCUACAACAAGUGGCAGGAGCAGAGCCGCAAGCACUUCUACUGAGCCCAAACCCCCAGGCUGGCCCAUCCCGGGCUAGUGGUGGCCACAUCCCCAUUGCCACCCGUGCCAGGGUGCCAGGGACCCCCCAAAGGACGGUGCCAGCCUGGAUGAGGAGUGCUGGAACGUUCCCUGGCAGAGACUUCCCAGCGCUUCUCCUAUUGCUGUGGCCACCAGAAGUCCAGCAGACGAGCCCCACCUUGGCUAGUACUGGCCACAUCCCCAUUGCCACCCGUGCCAGGGCGUGAGGAUGGCAGGGAGCCCCAAAUCCCUGGCACGGGGAUGGUGCCAGCCCAGUUGAGGGGUGCAGAGACUUCCCAGCGCUUCUCUCAUUGCUGUGGCCACCAGAAGUCCAGCAGACGAGCCCCACCUUGGCUAGUACUGGCCAUGUCCUGAUUGCCACCCAUGCCAGGGCAUCAAGGACCCCCCAAAUCCCUGGCACGAGGACGGUGCCAGCCUGGUUGAGGAAUGCUGGAACCUCUGGCAGAGACUUCCCAGUUGCCACCAUCCUGCUGUGGCUACCAGAACCCCCGCCGGACGAGCCCCUGUGGGCCAGGACGAGCCCGUCCGGGUGCUGCUGCUGAUUUUCCCGGCUGGAUGAACUGGAAGAGCCCCCUCCGCUUUUCUGGGGUCCCCCUCUCCCCGUUUCCCAGCAUGUGGCCACCCCUGCAUGUCGUGUCCCGGGGCCACUCCUACCUCAGGGACUGCUAGCCACAAAGGUUGCCCAGGUGGCCUCGGGUUGAGAUGGCAUCACCCUCCUCGCCGGGAUCCGCCAGAUCCAAGCCCAACCCUGCGGCUUCCCAGGAUAUUCCCACCCAGGGCAGGUGGCCCCUGGGGGGGGGUGGUUUUGUUGGCCACUAGUGGGGUUUUGGUGGUCCCCGGUGGGGUUUUGGUGGCCCCCAGACUAGGAGAGGACCGGGGAGGGGGGGAAUUUUCCAGGCUGGGAGCUGUUUCCAAGGAGAGUUUUCCUGGA